GAACGGACAUGGAGGAUAGCGCGCGAAGGGGAAAAUACCGAACGGUGGAGGAAAGCGUGAGCAGAAGAAGCAUGGCGGCCGAGCGCCGCAAUUCCCGAACGUCUCGGCUGUCGAAUCUCUACCUCUUCGCUUACAACUCCCUUCAAGCCUUCGGAUGGUCGGUUUCCCUUUUCCGGAUUCUGAGGAGCGUGGUCAUCACCAAGUCCGUCGACGGCGCUUACGCCGCUGCUGGAGAGCUCAUCUGUCUGCUUCAGGCUGCUGCGUUCCUUGAAGUCCUCCACGGAGCAUUAGGAAUUGUUCCGAGCGGGGUGCUGUUUCCUCUGAUGCAAUGGGCUGGAAGAACACAUUUUCUGCUGGCAAUUGUUCGUCGAAUCAGUGAGAUCCAAGAAUCACCAUCAGUUUUCAUAACCUUCAUUGCCUGGUGUCUAAGUGAUGUGAUCAGGUACCUCCAUUAUGCUUUGAAUUGCUUGAAAUGUUGUCCACCUUGGAUUACCUAUCUCAGGUACACUACAUUUAUUGUGCUCUAUCCAUUAGGAAUUGCUCCUGGUGAAAUCUGGCUCAUGUUCCAGGCUCUUCCUUUCAUUAAGAAGACUGGCCUCUAUGCGGGCUUCUUUUCCAGCAUUCCCUUCAAUUAUUAUGAUUUCGUCCGGGUUCUUCUUCUUUUCUACCCGUUCCUAUGGUUCAAGCUUUAUCUGCAUUUGUUUAAGCAAAGGCGGUCAAAACUGGGGAAGCGUCAUGAGAAGAAAAAGAACUGAAGCUAAUUCCUCCUUCCGACACCCGCUAGUUGUAAAUCCUUACUUUUGGCUAUGCGAGCUAAGCCAUUCGUUGUCCUCAAGAAUCCCAUUUGUCACUGUGGCCUAUUUGAUCACCCUUCCUAACUGUGGGGGUUUAUUAUUAUGUGUGCACAAUUUUGUAUAGUUUCUUCUUUAGGGAAACUCAAAUGCCUGUAUUUCUCCUGAAUCAGGUAUGAAGCAGACACACUGAUAUAACUAUAACACAUGAUUUAUCUGAAGGUUUGUGUUGUAGCAAUUAAUAUAUUUCCUGCUUUCUUGAAGAA